UCUCUCCGCCUGAUAGGCUCAUAUUCCAAAAGGGACAAAAGCUUCUGUUCAUUUUCUUACGUUUUGUUCUCUCUCAAUCUCCUUUACUCCUCUUGCUUCUAUGCAAAUUGAUUCUCCUAUCUCAGUUCUGUCGCUCUAUACUUCUUAAUCUCUUCCUCUCUUUCUAUUACUAUCUUUUUGUUUUUAUUUUUUUUUUCACUGCAAAAACAGAGGCUUCCUCUCAAGUUCCUGAUCCUUCAAGAUUCUGAUAAUAUUACACAUUGAACUGACGAUUCUGAUGCAAUGCUCAAAUAAUGGAUUCUGCGCAGCUGUUUAGUUUAAUCUAAUGUUGUUUUGAAACUUGUGUCGAAUGAUGGCAUCAAAAACUGGUAUAAAAGCUUCCACAAAGCAACAGAAGUCGUAUGGUUUUCAAAGUGGGGAAGCAAAUACUCUUAGGCCUUUGCCUUUGCAAGUUUCAAAGAUGAGCAAAUCUGAGGUUAUUGAUCAUGAGCAGGUGACAAGGUCAGUAGAAAAAGCACCACAAGAAGUCAUGCUAGAUGCUUCUGAAAAUGAGAAGCUACCAAAUUCCAAUAAGAAAGGGACUGCUGAUUCAUUGAUUAAUAAGUUGGAGUUAAGUCUUUCCUUAACUACUACUGAACAAGCAUCCACUGAAGCAGAUUCUUCCAUUAGUGGGACAAGAGGGUCACAGGAUGUUUCUAUUGAUCAAGAGAAGAAAGCAUCAGAAUAUGGAACUGUUAAAAACAGUUCUGUAUCUGCCAAAGUUAGUGAUGGAACAAGCAGUCUGGCUAAGACUAGUGGAAGUGCCAAGAACAGUGAUCGUGUUGAUUAUGUGGAAAGUGGCAAGAGCAGCAUGUGUAGAGGAAGCACAAGCAGUGAUGUAAGUGAUGAGAGCACAUGUAGCAGCUUUAGUAGCAGCAUCAGCAAACCACAUAAAGCAAAUGACUUGAGAUGGGAAGCCAUCCAAGCUGUUAGAGCAAAAGAUGGAGUUUUGGGUUUGGGUCAUUUUAGAUUGCUUAAGAGGUUGGGUUGUGGGGAUAUUGGAAGUGUCUAUCUGUCAGAGUUGAGUGGAACAAAGUGCUACUUUGCAAUGAAGGUUAUGGAUAAAGGCUCCCUAGCUAGUCGUAAAAAGCUACUUCGGGCUCAAACAGAAAGGGAAAUAUUGCAAUCUUUGGACCAUCCCUUCCUUCCAACCCUGUAUACCCACUUUGAGACAGAUAAAUUCUCAUGCUUGGUAAUGGAGUUCUGCCCUGGAGGAGACUUGCACACUCUUAGGCAGAGGCAGCCAGGGAAGCAUUUUCCUGAGCAGGUAGUGAAAUUUUAUGUAGCGGAGGUCUUGCUAGCUUUGGAAUACCUCCAUAUGCUGGGGAUUAUUUAUCGUGAUCUUAAGCCAGAAAAUGUCCUUGUGAGGGAAGAUGGGCAUAUAAUGCUAUCAGACUUUGACCUUUCUCUCCGAUGUGCUGUGAGCCCAACCCUUGUCAAAACCUCGUCUCUCGAGUCUGAACCAUUGCGAAAGAACCCAGUUUAUUGUGUUCAGCCUGCUUGUAUUGAGCCUUCCUGCAUCCAACCAUCCUGCGUAGCUCCAACAACAUGCUUUUCACCCCGCCUUUUUUCUAGCAAGUCUAAGAAGGAUAGAAAACCCAAAAGUGAACUCAGAAAUCAAGUGAGUUCAUUACCUGAGUUAAUGGCUGAGCCAACUGAAGCUAGAUCAAUGUCAUUUGUUGGGACCCAUGAAUAUUUGGCUCCUGAAAUUAUAAAGGGUGAAGGUCAUGGAAGUGCUGUUGACUGGUGGACGUUUGGGAUCUUUCUUUAUGAGCUUUUGUUUGGUAAAACACCUUUUAAGGGAUCUGGGAAUCGAGCCACGUUGUUCAAUGUUGUUGGCCAGCCUCUUCGAUUUCCAGAAGCACCAGUUGUCAGUUUUGCAGCGAGGGAUCUUAUAAGGGGUUUGCUUGUAAAAGAACCUCAGCAUAGAUUGGCAUACAAGAGAGGAGCAACAGAAAUAAAGCAACACCCAUUCUUUGAAGGUGUGAAUUGGGCAUUGAUACGCUGUGCUACACCGCCCGAGAUUCCAAAGCCAGUCGAGGUUGAACGGAUGCCUGUACUGACAUCGACGAGUGAAAAAGCUGUUGGAACUGCAGCUGCUCCUGAUAAAAAAGGUUCUGAUAAUUAUCUGGAGUUUGAUUUCUUUUAGAUGUUAUUGCUUAUAAGUUGGUAAUUGUUUUCAAUUAUGGGGGAAGAAUUGUGUGAACCUGUUAGGGAUUGUUGGUGAUGAGGAUAAAGUUUUUCAUUUUCUUUCAUCUUUCUUCCCUUUGAUACAUUGACAGAUGAUAAGGAAAUGUAUGCUUGGUGUUGCCUGUUAAGUUUUAAAAAUCUGUAUUCCAUAA